AUGGGGAUUAUCAAAGAGAUCUCAAGGUCAAUUGACAAAAUCGGGCGAGGAAGCCAAACACUAGAGAAAAUCGUCGAUCGGAAGAAGCCUGAGCCCAGAGAGCGCCCAAAACCAAAGGACUCAAUUUUCAGGGUCGAAUUGGAUCAAGAACAGCUCUUGGAAGGCGCGAAAAAUGAGUUUACUGAAAUUCGGCUGAACCCAAAACAAAUGCGAGAAAUGCAAGAUUUAUUCAAUUUAUUCGACAUUGACGACAGUGGCUCAAUUUGCAAAAGAGAGCUAAGAACAGUACUGUCUUCACUUGGCGAAUAUCCGACCGAGAAAAUGUUGGAUCAAAUGAUGACAGAAUUUGACGAAGAUGGCAAUGAGGUGAUAGACUUUGAUGAGUUCCUGGCGAUGGUUGUAAAAUACAACGCAAAUGUUCAAAUAAACCCGAAACUAGAGCUUUCAAAUGCGCUCCGUGUUUUUGAUAAGAAAGAAACAGGGCUGCUGAACACAGAUGAGAUCAUGAAAAUUUUAUCAGAAAACGGAGAAGAUCCAUUAAGCCCGGACGAAGUGCAAGGAUUUCUAGACAUGAUCAAUUUACCAAGUGGGGGAAUAGUCAGCCUCGAUGAUUUUGCUGAACUGCUAACUAAAAAAUUCGAUCAAAAAUAA